AUGUCCUCAUCCUCCUCUCUCCUCUCCUCCUCAACCCCCAUCUCAACCCCCACCCCCACAACCCGCCACACAGCCUCUCAGUCCCUCAGCCCCUCGCACGUCUCACUCAACACCCCCUCUCCAUCCCCACUCCUGCAGACCGCUACUUCUAUCCCUUCACUUCCUCCACCGUCUGCUACUACACUUUCUGUCCUCCAACAUUUGCAAAAUCUGCUCGAUUUUACAUCUACACUCCUUGCAAUCUUCAUCGCCACCGUCCUAACCCUCCUCUUCCUCUACUGGUCCACCAUCUACCUCCUUCGCAAAACCAUGGGUAUAAAACCGAACUCACGAAUCGGAAUCUGGGACGGCGUUACCGACACCCGUAUCUCCAAUCCAUCUUCAUCUUCAUCCCCCGACCCUAAAGAAAAAGCUACAUCCCCAUCCCCAUCUUCACCCCAAGACGUCCGAGUCGACAAAAAAUCCAAAUCCGUAGAUUUUGCAGAAGAACAAGAACAAGCCCUCCCAAUCCCAGGUCUAACAAGCCCCUCUAAAGCAGAACAAGAAAAAAUAUCACGGAUAGCGCAAUCCUCGAAUUUCGAAGAUCUGAGUAAGGCUACCGGAAGAGAUGUGGAUGAGAUUAAAGCAGAUGUAGAUUUGGAGUUGCAGAGGGGUGUUGCAGAUGUUGGGGGGAGUGUGGAUGGGGAUGGAAUUGAAGGUGUGAGGGGAGGAUCGGGGAGGAGUUAUGGUGGGAUGUGA